AAGAAAAAAAAGAACGAGUAAAAUAAAAAAAAAACAAUCUCCUUUGCUUUUCAUGACCAGAAUUAAUUAUUCGUUUUUCAAUGAGUUAAAUUGUAAGUUUUUUUUUAUCUCUUUACCUUAAUAUGUUAGUCCCACUUCGCUAUUUGUUUUUCGAGCACAUUACGUUAUUUAUAGAAUCACACAUCGUCAAAGGGAUGUAACUCUAGUAAAGGGAGAUAAUUUUGCUAACCCUAUAUUAUACCGCGUUAGCUGCUAGCAUUUAAAUAAUUCACUACUACGUUUGAAGACAGUGCUUCCUUACGGCUGCAAUCCAUUGGCUGAAACCAGUAAACGAUGUUGAAUCUAAUGACAAUUUGAGAAUAUUCGAACCAAUGUGUGACACAAUGUGCCCAGUGUGCCUUUUUGUUAUUGGUUUGAUAAUUGUGAUCUACCUCCUUGUGUGGGUCUACGUGAAGUCUACUCGAAGGCAUUGCACAUCAGACGUUGAUCUCACUGGCAAGACUGUAAUUGUUACAGGAGGAAAUAAUGGACUUGGUUACGUUGCUGCACGCGAAAUAGCUUCUCGCAAUGCCCGUGUUAUUCUAGCUUGCCGAAAUGCUGAAAAAGCUAAAGCCGCAGUGGAAAAAAUCAUUUCAGAAACUGGAAAGAAAAACGUGGUCUUCAUGAAGUUAGAUGUAAGCUCUUUAAAAUCUGUGAGAGAGUUUGCUAAACAGUUCCUGAAAGAAGAAAGUCGACUAGACAUUUUGAUAAACAAUGCUGGUAUCAUUACAAAUGAUGCCAAGUUGACAGAAGACGGACUUCAAGUAACAUAUGCCACAAAUCAUUUUGGUCCAUUCUUACUCACAAACCUUCUCCUAGGACGUUUAAAGGCUUCAGCUCCUUCUCGAGUGGUCACUCUUAGUUCUCUCGGUCAUCAUCUUGGAAAGAUCCAUUUUGAAAAUUUCAAGAAACCUAUGUUAUUUGAAGGCUCACUGACUUAUGCCUCAACAAAAUUAGCUAGUAUACUAUUUACUUAUGAAUUAGCAAAAAGAGUGAAAGGAGAAGGGGUAACAGCAUAUUCUGUUCAUCCAGGACUUUGCAGUUCAAAUCUUUUUGAUAGCUAUCAUCCAAUUAUACAAUGGAUCCUUUUGAAUAUAAAUCCUUUCACAAAGACUAUAGAAGAAGGUGCUCAAACUACUAUUUAUUGUGCUAUUGAAAAAGGUAUUGAGGAGCAUAGUGGAAAAUAUUUCGAUAACCUUCGACCAGGAUGGGCCAAUUCAAAAGGCUAUGAUGCAGGGGUUGCCAAAAAACUAUGGGAAGUCAGUGAAAAUUUGACAAAGCUUGCAUAAAUCACAGAAAUAAUCACAGAAGUAAAAUGUUUUCUGAUGAAUCUACAGCUACUGCUACUGCUAAAUCACGCAUUUAUGAAGAUCUGUCAUUAACAUAUAUUUCAGAUUUUUGUAUUUUUACUUUUGGAGAUGAAUUUUGUAAAUUUACAAUAUGUAUAUAUAUAUAUACAUAAUCAAAUAAAAUGAAUUUAAAAAAAAAGAAAAAGUGGAAAACAAAUAAACAAAUAAAAGCUUUUUUUUUUGUUGAUGGCUUUAUCAACAUGAAGUACUUUUUUCCCAUAAAUUCUUUUAUUCAUGAACAAAACACUAACAUGCACUCUCACAUUUACACAUUCAUUCACUCAUGCCCACUACCACACACACACCACACA